CUUGAGUAGUUCAAGGAGACCUGCAAAAUAUUUUCAUCAUUAGACGUUAAAGUUUAUUAAAGUGUAUCAAAUGUUCUUCAUGAAUACUUUGUGCAUGGGAGUUAGAAUGAAAGAAAGAUUCGCUCUUUUAUAAACUUUUUCAUCUUUUAGAAUCAUUAUUUGAGAGCUUGAGUACCAUACAAGGGAUCGAACAAAAAUUGGUUUGAAGAGGUAAACAAAAAUCUGAGAUAUUUUUGCAACGUGCAUGACAAUGUUCAAAUUUCCAUUGGCAUAUGCGGGCUCUAAGAAUCAGAAAGAAUUAGAUGAAAAGGAAGGAGAAGAGGCAAACGAUGAACCCGCAUCACCAACACAGAACUUUGUAACUUGCAUACACAUAGCAAAGAUUGCAGAGUUGCUCCGCACCAUCACUGUAACAUGGUCAAAAACCUUGAUUAGCCACACCCUGUUCAUCAUUGUAGAAAACCCUUCUGAAGAUAACCACUACACAUGCAAGAUUGACCUUAAAACUUGGAAAUUUUGGGGUAAAAAGGGCCUCAAGUCCUUCAACGUUGAUCAAGUGCGUGUCGAUGUCUUUUGGGACUUUAGAGCUGCAAAGUUCUUGAGCAGUCCUGAACCAGUUUCUGACUACUAUGUUGCAUUAUCCGCUAGAGGGGAGGUGGUGAUAUUGCUAGGAGACAAGAAGAAUGAGGCCUCUAAAAGAAGCAAGGCGAGGCCAUCUUUGGUUGAUGCAGUAUUGGUGCACAAGAAAGAAAGUGUGCAUGCAAAGAGAUGCUUUUGCACUAGAACAAUGUUGGGGAUGGGUAAAGGGGAGCAUGACAUAAUCAGAGAAUCAAAUCUUUCUGGAGUCGACCCUGAAAUGUGGAUUAGCGUGGAUGGGAUUGAGUCGAUUCGAGUAGUGAAUCUAAACUGGAGAUUUACGGGGAAUGAAACAAUGAUGGUCGAUAAUGUGCCCAUAGAUGUUUUCUGGGAUGUUCGUGACUGGGUGUUUAGUGAUAAUAACCUUGACACCGCAGCAGGACCAGGUAUUUUCAUAUUCAAACAAGAAAGCGUUGUUGGAGAAGAAGAAGUAGAAGCCAUUAAUAGUGGUUCAUAUGGCCAAUUAUGUGAAUCUACUGAAUUUUGCCAUGUCUUUUAUGCUUGGAAAAUUAAAUGAGAAACAAAAAAUAUUCCUGGGUUUAUUCACUUUUUGUACGUCUUGAAUGACCUUACCUUUAUUUACUAUUUAGAAUCCAUCUAUAUGUAUAAUGUGCAAGAACUCAUUUCCAUUCAUGGACAUGGAGAUCAGAAAUGUUUCAAUACUUGUUCCAGAUACUCUGCAAUUUUCAAGACUGAGGAAAUAUACUUUUAACAAUAAUCAGGCCGUUUAGUAAAAAAAAGGGUAAAGG